AUGAAACACGCCUUCCUCCUGUUUUCUCCCUUGAAACUUCGCCAGACCUUGCUGGCUGCUUUUCUCUCCCCUCUAAUCCUCUCCUCCCCCUCUCAUGCUGAGCGGAAAUGCUACCUACCAAACGGCGAAGUCGAAGAAAACGAUGCCCCGUGUUUUCCGCAGAAUCCCGAAUCUUCCUGCUGCGGCGGAAGCACCUAUGUUUGCGCCACGAACAACAUGUGUGCUUUCUAUGACGGGUCGUAUUAUGUCAUAGGUAGUUGUACGGAUAAGUCGUGGAAUAGUCCCGCCUGCGACCACAUCCACAACUCCGUCAAGCGAUGCGGUAAUGAUACAUAUUGUUGCAAUGAUGGUCCCAAUUGCAGUUGUGAUACCAACAACAAUACGCAAAAAAUCCUCGACUUCCUCCCCGCAUUCUCAGAACUCGUGGGGUCUCCCGUCUCCCUCAACACAGCCAUCGGAUCCACGUCUCUCUUCACCCCACUCGGCGCCACACGGCCCGCCACCACCACCGCGUCUUCCUCCACGUCUUCUACCUCGCCCCCCGCCGUCGUCACCGGGUCCCCUGGGGCAAAAACAUCUGAUCCACCUGUUGCAGAAACCAAGAGUAAUAAAAAUAUCGGUAUAAAAGUCGGCCUUGGGGUUGGCAUCCCACUGGGCAUUGUAGCAAUAGUUCUUGCCACUCUUCUCUAUCAUUUUUUGAAAAAAAACUCUUUCGGCAGCAGGGGUUCUGGCACUGGACCUCAUGUUGCUCCUGCCUCUGGUUCCAGUUCCGGCGGAUUUCUCGGUAUUUUCAGGUGGAGAAAAGAGGAUCCCACAAUCCAGCUUCCCAUGCUUGAAAAUACAUCACCCUCCGAAGUGCCAGAUAACGGUCCUGGUAACCAACCUAAUUCCCUGCUUGGCUUCUAUAAGCCAUCUGCAGACGCAAUACGCCCGCACAUUAUUCAUGAGGCACCUUGA